AUGAAUGGGAAAAUGCAUGGAAAAAUGCAUGGUAAAAUGCAUGGAGAGGAUCCUCUAAGCAAAUUACCCUCACGGGUAGAAUAUGACAAACUAGACCAGAAUAGUAAUGUGCCAGCAGGGAGAAGCAAUUACGCACAGGAAGUGAAGACUGAGUUCGAUGGAGCUGGUGUGGAUGGAACAACUAGUAGUGAAAUUGUAAACGCUUUGUGGUAUGUGAGUGAAGGGGGAGGGAAGGACUUGAAGAAGACGGACAAUUGUAAAUUUUUUUACUUUUGGAUGGGUAAAAUGUUGUACAAGACUCUGGACCAUGACAAGGUCAAGGAUACUAUGGACAAAUGUAAAAGGAAAAUAUUUUCUAGACAAGAAGAGCAUGAGUGUGAAUUCAUAAUUAUCCCAGAGAAGAGAAGAGUAUUCUGGGCUCUAAUGAGAUUGUUUGACUUUUACAAAGACAAAGAUUCUAUGGAAGGGCACUUAGGGGAAGAGGGUAAGAGUUGUUCUAAUGCAUAUUGUUCGUAUCUACAGAAAGCACAGUGUGCUUAUAGGAUUAUGAAACGUGCCUGUACGAAGGGUAGCAGUCAGGAGUGUGACCAAUUUAAUAAAAUGUAUGGACAAUGUGGAACUUCGGGGUACACAGGUUCGCAGUGCAAGGUAACAAAUGCACCAGGAGAUCCAUGUAAAAACAGUUCCAAACCUGAAGCAAGUGAAUUCCCUACACUAGAUGACUUCUCCCCCGCAAGUAUGAACCCCACCAACACCAUUGUCUCCUGUGCACUGGCUGCAAUAAGCCUACCAGCCCUUGCCCUUUUUCUAUAUAAGUAUACUUCCUUACCUUCUUUGAUAAGCAACAAUUUCGGAAGUAACAACAGUUGGAACAGAAGAAAAAAAAGAUCCACCGGUCCAAACUUUAGUACAUUCACGGACGACUCUUCUACCGAAUAUUCUACACUAUAUUCAACAGAAGCUUCCACAACAGCAAGUUCUACAGAAGAUCAUUCUACCAUAUAUAAUGUCCAACAACAAGGAAGGGAAAGAACAAAAAGUAGGGACGAACAAAGAAGAAAGAAUAUUGGUUAUAAUCCUAUAUAA